AUGUCUCCAAUGAGGGUUUCCUUAAAAUCUAUGUCCACUUACAUUUCUAAUGGUCACCUGUCGAUUACAAAUUUAAAUUGGUUGCGGGUGUUAGAAAACCUUAGAGAACUUAGAUUGAGUGGUGUUGAUAUGUCUGAGGCAUCUAUGGGACCAAUACCCCCUUCACUGUUUAACCUUUCAAACUUGGAAUUUCUUGACCUCUCUUUCAACCUCUUAGAAGGACACAUUCCAUUUUCAAUCUCCAAUGUUAAAGGUCUCCGGUAUCUAGCUCUGCUCCAGAACAACUUGGAAGGACCAAUACCCAAAUCAAUCUGUGAAAUUUCAUCAUUAGCAUACCUUCACAUGGGAAUCAACAUCAACGGAACAAUUCCAGAUUGCAUGGACCAGCUGUCUAGUCUCCAGGUUUUAUAUGUGAGCGACAACAAUCUUGAUGGAAUCCUCCUUUCAUUUCUUUCUUUGGUCUGGAACUCCAAUCCAGUUGUAGUAGGUUUAGGCUCAAGUGGCCUAACUGUCAUAAUAGACAAGCACCCAUUUCCAUCUGAGUUUCAGCCAAAGAUGUUAGAUAUGCGGUCAUGUAACCUAGGGGGUGGUAUCCCAAAUUUCAUUUCUAUUUUGACCCAACUUGCAUUCUUAGAUUUAGCAAACAACAGCCUCACUGGAACAAUCCCUUCCUGGCUGUUCAAACUUCCGAAACUUGCUUUCCUAGAUCUGUCAUACAAUGAGCUCCAAGGAGUCCUCCCACCUACUAUUCAACUUCAAUCUUUCUACGUACCAACAACAUUGCAUUUAGCAAGCAAUAAGCUUCAAGGCCCUAUUCCUCUUUUACCUGAAACCAUAGAAAUUGUUGAUUUGUCAGCUAAUAAUUUCACUGGAGUAAUCCCACCACAGAUUGGAGAACGACUACAGAAUGUAAGAUUCUUGUCCUUCUCUGGGAACAAACUUACAGGUCCCCUUCCACAUUCUUUCUGUACGCCAGGUAACGUUGUCCUGCAGAACCUUGAUUUCUCUGACAAUUUAGGAAACUGUAAAUCCCUCGUUUCUCUAAACCUUGGUGCGAACAACCUCAGAGGAAGCAUCCCAAACGAGCUCAUGUGGUGCAAAAAUCUGAGCUCCCUCCAACUAAACGAUAACAUGCUUGAUGGUUUGUUUCCGAAAUCCAUUCAAAAUCUUGAGAGGUUGGAGUACUUGAACCUGGGAAAAAAUAGCUUUGAAGGAACAAUUCCUAACUUCAUUGGAGAGCUUCCUAAUGUUCGUAUUCUUGUGCUUGCAUCGAACUGUUUUGAUGGGUUGAUCCCAAAAGAAAUAAACAACUUACAGAAGCUGCAAGUCUUGGACCUCUCCAACAACAAACUCCUUGGUCCCAUCCCUGAGGGAUUAGGCAAUUUGAAGAUGCUAAAGAAUCGACCCAAAGAUGGGGUCUUGCUCGGUUACAUGAUCUCAUUCAUGUACAGUGGAGUGCAAUUGGAAAUGGUAAUCAAAGGGACACUUCGUCGAUAUGAUGCAGUAUUCAGCUACACUAGUGGAAUUGAUCUUUCAAACAACUCUCUAACAGGAGAGAUCCCACCAGAAAUAGGCCAAUUACAGGGUCUAUACUCUAUACAUGCUCAAUCUAUCGCAUAA